GUUUAGUCCUGAUGAUGUCGUGGUUACUUCAGUAGAUAUUUUUGGAUUUUGAGGUAGAUAAAUCACGUAUGCUGUGGAACGUAGAACAAAUGCAAUCAAACAGUCGCCUAUCAAAUUUUGUCGAUAAAGCUAUGAAAUUGUUUGAUGUAAAACAAGUUAUGAACGAGGUUGAAACAUCAGUAAUGUCAAAAGUUUCAUGUACUGCAUGCAAGGUUGGUGCUGGCUUAUUACAACACUUUAUUAAGACUGGAAAAAGUGAAGAAGCUAUUGUAAACAGCAUAUUUCAAUUUUGCGUAUCAUUGAAGAUUCAAAGUCAAAGAGUCUGCCAUGGUUUAACGUUGCUCAUGGGGGGAGAAGUUAUUUUUGUACUAAAACAGAUAGAAAUGACUCCAGCUCAGAUAUGCAGUUUUGUCAUUGGUGAUGCAUGUGAAGAUGUCUAUAAUCCAUUACAUGAUUGGGAAGUGGCUUUUCCCCCAAAAGAAAAACCAAAAGUACUACCUCUUAAACCGUUACGUACAGAUGUCCCAGUAUUUAAAGUGCUACAUAUUUCUGAUACGCAUUAUGAUCCAUAUUACCAAGAAGGAUCGAAUGCUGAAUGUAAUGAGCCACUGUGCUGUCGGCUUACAAAUGGUCCACCAGCUGAUCAAUCAGCUGCUGCAGGUAGAUGGGGAGAUUAUAGAAAAUGUGACAUGCCUAAGCGCACACUUGAUCACAUGCUGCAACAUAUUCGAGACACUCACUCGGAUAUUGACUACAUCAUAUGGACAGGUGACUUGCCGCCUCAUGACGUUUGGAAUCAAACUAAAGAAGAAAAUCUGAAAAUUUUACAUGAAACAGUCUUACAAAUGACAAAUAUGUUUCCUGGAGUACCUAUAUUUCCCUCUCUGGGAAAUCAUGAAACAGUACCAGUUAAUAGUUAUCCUCCACCGUUUAUUCAAAAAAAUCAUAGUACAUCAUGGCUUUAUGAUGAAUUAGACAGUCAAUGGAGAAGAUGGUUACCAGCUAGUACAGCACACACAAUAAGACAGGGGGCUUUCUACUCAGUCUUAGUGAGACCUGGAUUCCGAAUUCUUUCAAUUAAUACAAAUUAUUGUAAUAAUAAAAACUGGUGGCUUCUUUUAAAUAGUACUGAUCCAGUUUCCGAGCUUCAGUGGCUAAUAUUUGAGCUUCAUGGAGCAGAAAUGAGUGGUGAAAGAGUUCACAUAAUAGGACACAUUCCUCCAGGUCAUUCAGACUGUCUAAAAGUAUGGUCAAGAAACUAUUAUCAUAUUAUCAACAGGUACGAGUCAACCAUAAUGGCACAGUUUUUUGGUCACACACAUUAUGAUGAAUUUGAGGUAUUUUACGAUACUCAUGAUUAUACUAGAGCUCUUAAUAUUGGCUACAUUGGACCUUCAGCAACACCAUACUUUAAUUUAAAUCCAGGAUACCGAAUAUAUUAUAUAGAUGGUGAUCACAUAAAUACGACACGAAGUACCUGUACAGAUACGUGGCUAAGAAAUAGAGUUGUGAUGGCACCUAAAUCACGUUUUCCGUUUGGUCAAAAAUACGUCGCCAUUUUGAGAGCUCUUUAUCAUCUUGACACCAAACAACAGAGAGCUCCGUUGAGCAAGGCAAAUAAGAUGCUAAUCGAGUACAUUUGCGAGUGUGCAUUGAACGUUUUCGAAGGAAACGUUUUGCUAACUGUAGAACAGAAAGCUCGUGAACAGAACACCAAGGUAUUACAAGAUAACAACCCCUCCGACGGUGACGUCAACGAGGACGAAUUCCGCGCUACUGGUAACUUUGAGUGGAGCAAUGAACAUACCGUCAUUAUAGGUGGCGUUUGCAUACCAUAG